AUGUCGUUUGUAGAUGGAGUCAACAGUUGGUUCUCGGCCGGUUCUUAUUGGGAUGGUCUGGGUCCGACGAACGUUUUUCAGCCAGAUGAUGGUGCUGCCUUUGUGAGUCAGUACGAGGAAAUUGAGUUGGCAUCCGAUAAUUUAAUGAAGAAUGGAAUGCUGGCCCCGCGAGGUCGAAAAAGCAGCUUUGCAGCGACGAACGACCCCUUCUCCACCGCAUCGCUUAGUGAUGCUUUAAGUAGCAGCAUACCAAUGAAUCAUAAUGUAGGCGGUGGCUUAUUAAGAAAUGCGCUUUCGAGUACUCCCAAUGGAGCUUCGAAUACGCUGGGGACGUCGCCUGCUGAACCCAGCACGCUUGUUGGUUCCGCUAAUCAUUCCUCUGGCUUUGGAACAUCGUUUCCUGGAAGUACUUCUUUAGGAGGAACUACAGGCUCUUCGCUUCUACACCCUCGUCGAUCGGUGACAUCUCUACUAUCCAGCAGUGCUCACCAUCAUCCUUUCUCGUCUUUCGUAGAUUUGGCCGCUCCUGGCAGGUCUUCGUUUUCUUCGUCGACGGUUGGUGGAAGUAGCCUUCCCAACUUUGGUCUUUCUAGUAUGCCUCCUCCUUCUGCGUUGCGGACGUCGAAACAGCCUCCGGCAUUUAAUUUGUUGGAGACCACGUCGAAUAGCUAUAAUCCGUCUUCCUCUUUUAUGGACUCGGUAAAUUUGGACUCGCUGCCAGUACCAACGGCCCGUCGUCGUCCAUCUUCCAUAGCUCCUAUUGGAACACGUCCUGUGAAGAAGGAUCUUAAUUUUUCGUCCAGCAACGGUUCUGCGUCGACAGAUAACACGCUUCGUCCACCAAACCCUCCUCUUACUAAUGGUAAUGCUCCUCCUAUAGCCGCUGUGAACAAGGUGUCUGCUGUCGCAGCCUCUCCUCAAACGACCGGUUCGUCUGCUUCUUCCUCACUUCCUACAUUAAGUUUGGAUUUUAAGCAAGAGUACAGUGGAAAUAAUCAAGACAUGUCCGGUUUGUCUUCUUCAUUGUCCAAGUCGCAUCAUUCUUCCAUGGCUUUGGGCUCUCAAAUAUGGUCCUCUCCUCCUGCUAGCUCCGUAGGCGGCGUCAAUGUUUGGUAA